AUGACAGUGUCUAUCGGUACGUCGAACAGAGCUGAUCAGGAAAAAGUUACUACCGACUAUCAGGAAGAGAGUAUAAGAUCAUUUCUUCUACUCAAUUGUUUGGCGAUAGCUUUAGCCACCUUUGGCAAAGAACACGUUCAUAUAAGAAUUCACGUGCCCGAGUUGAUUCAGCAUCAUGAGAAAAAGGUUAUCAAAUAUGAGGAACAUGGCGGACACGAUGAUAGCGGUGGGGGUGACCAUCAUGUAGAAAUAACAAGUCCAGGGAUCGGUGAUCUUGGUGGUGGUGGCCAUGGGGGAGGAUUGGGAGGAGGCUUUGGUGGAGGCCAUGGAGGUGGAUUUGGGGGAGGUCACGGUGGUGGAUUUGGGGGAGGCCACGGUGGUGGAUUUGGAGGAGGCCACGGAGGUGGAUUUGGAGGAGGUCACGUAAUAGUUCACCAUUCGUCAGGAGGAUUUGGGGGUGGUGGUCAUGGAGGAGGAGGAGGAGGAGGAGGUGGAUUCGGAGGUGGUCAUGGGGGAGACUUAGGUGGUGGUUAUGGAGGUGGACAUGGAGGAGGUGGAGGAGGAUUCGGAGGUGGUCAUGGGGGAGAUAUAGGUGGUGGUUAUGGGGGUGGACAUGGAGGUGGACAUACGGUUAGUUUGAGCGGAGGAUUUGUCACACUCGGGGGUGGUGGCGGUGGCGGUGGUGGCCAUGACCUUGGUGGAGACUUUGGUGGUCACGGUGGUUUCGAAGGUGGCCAUGGAGAUAUCAUAGAAAGCAGUCACAGUAGUGGUGGUGGUGGUGGCGGUGGUUAUGGUGGAGGUGGCGGUGGUUAUGGUGGAGGUGGUGGUGGCUACAGCGGUGGUGGUGGUUUUGAUCACGGAGGACACAGUUUUGGAGGUGGUGCUAGCUUCAGUAGCCAUGGUGGUGGUUAUGGCAGUAGUGGUGGUGGAGGUGGACAUGAUUUAGGUGGAGAUGAUCAUUCCAUUGGUUCAAGUAGUUACGGAAACAGUAUCUCCUCCGAUUUUGGAAGCAGUGGAGGAGGAGGUGGAGGUGGAGGUGGACACGGUGGUUUCUCGGGUUAUCACAAAAGAAAAUAA